CAGCGAUUCCUCCGACGUGUCUUCGCGGGCUAAUAAUUCCGAUCUCAGCGACGACUGGUUCAUGGACGACUUCGAUCUGCAACAAUCCAGUGACGACAGCGAGGCGGAGCGCAAGCGGAAGUUGACCGCGCUAUCCUAUCUAAAAACGUCCCCACCCCAUACUCAAGAUGGGAAAUCUCAAAUCUGCUAGACAAAUCAACCAGCUUUGAUUGCUGCGCAUGACAGGUUUGGCCUCGUAGUGUAGUCCUGUCCAGCUAGCUCCAGUAGCAUAACAGAUCUAGGACGUCAUGCUGAUUCAAGCAUCACAAAACACGACUGGAAAAUGCUUCUAAUGGGGCUCCGCAUGAGAAACAUUUUUACCAUGCAGAUUUGCAAGACAGCUAUGGGGUGGAGACGCUCUUGCAUCGGAUACGCGCCGGAGCCGGACGACGAGGUGGUCGAGGAGUUCGAGGCCACGCAGUCGCUCGGCGGCUACGUUUCGUGGGCGAGGAUCACGACCCCGUCCUUCGCCUUACUUCUGUCCGACCUGUAUUGGAAUCCGCAGCGCUUGGCGACCUGCAAGCGGGCGGAAAAAGGCCCGGGGCAGAUGGACUCGGACGUGGACAAACCGCAGUUUGUGACGGAGUUCCUUAUGGCGGUGCUGGGGGGCGAUUUGGUCUACGACGUGGGCGACGCAGUGCACUUGGUGGACCAGUUUCAGAGUAAGUGGAACCGGAUGAAGGCCGAAGGAGAUAGUGCCAAUUGUUCGCAAGGGACGAGUGUGGUCGCUGCGGCCGCGGUUGCGAGCGCUGUGCCGGAAGUGGCUGCGAACACCGCAUCUACUUCCGUCGUGCCACCAGGAGGGGGAAAGAAGGGAAAGAACUCGGGGGGAAAGCCGGCCGCCGUCGCGGUUGUCGACAAUGCGCAGGAGAAAGCACCGCCGACCCUGUUGACGACGACUUGUACAAACGACAAGGGUGCGGAGGUCGUGCAAAGGUUGCACCCGGCGGUCCGCAAUGCGGAUUUUGAUUGGGUGCAGAAAACCACGGCAGACUUGAAGAACAAAGAGGUUCGGAUUGUCAUUUUGGAAACUUUAAAGUUGACUAUUCUAUCAGAGCAUUGAUCAUAGAAGCAAUGUCUUGCACACAUUGAGGACUACAGGAAGUAGAACAUAUGGAUGGCACUCAAAAAUUCUUACCCCGCACCAGGUCGAUGCUUUGCUGAUUUCGGUGCGAAAGAAGGUUCGCGACGAGUGUCGUUUGGACUCUAUCAUCGGGGAGCAAAAUCUUGACGACGAUGGCAAGGCCGUCCAUCCGUUGCAGCGUCCCUGGCGGCGUGCCGCCGUUUGGAUCGCACUGAAGCAGGUUCUGCACCUCGCCUGCGUGCGGCUGUACGGGCACGAAGCGCCCUACAAAAUGCUGAUGUUCGCGCUGCAGUCUUUCGCGCUGGAGAAAACGUUGCAGCAGGUGCAGGACGAGCUCAGACAGCUACAAGAAAAUGAGGGGAACGUACUGAAGCGAAUUGGCAAGAAACCGCAAGAGAUUCUGUCAGACGCGGAGUUUGCGAAAAGGUGGAUCGAGGGAAACGUACUGCAAGACGAUUGGAACGAAGACAAACUUCCGUUCCAAAAAGACGACCUGUUCCGCGAAUCGGAGACGGGAAGGCGGGUCUACAUGAAAGGACGGGGGCGCGGCGCACAGGCGAGUAAGAAGAAAAAGUUCUUCUUUUUCGGCCCGGCACGACGGGACUUCACUCACGGGUACGGAGGUGACGAGGUUGAAAUCGAGGUGGGGAAGAACAGCGGAAAGGAACAAAUAAACUCCGAGCAAAUAGAUAGUACAAAUGCAGAAAACAACUUCUGCUCUCCAGUGGUUGACGAGGCAAUAAUGGAAGAUGCAGGACGAGGUGCAUCAAGUACUAAGUUCGCUCCCUACACAACUUCUAAAAAUGACCGCGUGCUGUUCUUUUGCUCGAGGAGACACCACACACCGACACCCUUGAUACUGACGUGGGCGCCGCGGAAUUAUUCUUGCGACGGAUGCCGCACUGUAAAGCCGUCCAGUGAGGGCUAUGCGCACUGCGUCGUUUGUAGGUUGGAUUAUUGCCAGGAGUGCCUGUCCGCGUUCUACAUGGACAAACAGCUACCAGUGGACCGGUGCAUCUUGAAGACGGUGUCGCAGAGCGCGCUGGUGGAAGCUACCAGGAAGUUGGCGAAUCGCUGGGAAAAGAUUAAGAAGUACCAGAUUUCUACUGGAGCGGCGGGUGAAAAAGUGGAGAACAAAAUCUCAAUCGGAACUAUCCUGUUGCAACGAGCAGAGAUGGUGUUGCCGCAACUUUUAGCUGCUUCUCCAUACGAUGAAAUAGGAAGAAGACAUCAAUUAUCGAAUAAUACACUCGCCGCAGCGAAAACCUCCUUGCAAUCUAUCUGCGGAACGGCGCUAGCAAUUGUGGAAAAAACCAAUCUUUGGGUGGAGAAAGAGCUCUGGAGCAAGCAAUCGGAAGAAGUUCGCGCGCUUGCCUGCGAUCCGACGAAGUUGAAAGCCCUCGUGCCAGCGGCAGGCGGCCCUUCUGCGUCGGUCGACGUGGCACACCAACUCCCGAAUGCGAAGAAAUUUCUCUUCCAGCUCCUGUCUCGUGAGCACGAUCCGUACGUUGAUAGGACCGCGAAAACCGUGCUGAGUCUCGCGACGGGAAAGCAGGCAGCUGGGGACGAGAGUGAACAAAUCGUCAUUGAGAAUCCGAGUGUGGCGGUUCCGUUGUUUUUUCCGCGGUUCCAGGGCCCAAUGAAUUCCGCGGCGAACGUGCAAACGUACAUCAGUAUGUUGUGCCUCGCGUCGGAGAAGCGACCGCUCCGAGAGGCGGAUUUAAUCGCGGUGUUGGCGGAUAUUGACACUGCAGUAUGGCACUUGUGGUAUUCACUAGAUCAAGAGUACAACAAACCGACGACAGACAUAAAUGCAAAUAACUUCAGCCCUGCAGCGAGAACUACAGCGUCUGCUGUGCAAAAAAAUCCAACGCAAAGCACGACCGACGUCCGGAAGCAUCUGCUUUCCACCCGGCAAAAAGCGAACAAGAAGUCGCAGCGGAUGCGGGACAAGGGGGAGAUCGACGAGGACAUUGUUUUGAACGAGAAAAAGCUGGAAAUUGACAACGAGUUUUGCGAGAACCUCCUCGUUUUGAUGCGCAAGUAUGCGGAAGUGGGCAUGAUGUUUCACAACGUGCUUAAAUCGAACGACUAUCAAAUGUAAAAGUGUCUGGGUCUGGAAACUUGUAAUGCUGCGUUGGGAAUAGUGAAUGCUCUGUAAUGCACAGCCAAGCAUGAGAAAGGUCUGCGCUUCUUUGUGUUGCGUUUUUCGCAUGACAAACUGCGUUUUUGCAUGACAGGCAAAAGGUUUUCUUCUUGGACACGCAUCACAAACUUUUUGGUCAUGCCAGACAAGCAUGACAAAUCUUGUAAUCUUCCAGACCCAGACACUUUUGCAAUCCAUAACGACCUGCUGACGACAAAUUCCAGUUUCAUCAAGGCUCACGAUGUCCGGGGAAAGAGCCAAGUCAUCUUGACCUGCUUCGCGAUCAUGUGCUACUUGGAUAAGAAGGCCUGCAAGGAGUGGCCGCUGCUGCUGGAGCACUCCCUCGGGCAGAAGCUCUGGGGAAUCUUGCAGCGAGGGGAGGACGACGAUGAGGAUUUGGAUCAGAAGAGCAGCAACCUGGUUCCGGGCGUUCCUUUUUGGAAACUGACGGAGCGGCUGUAUUUGACGACCAAAAUGCAGAAGCAGCUCCUUCAUGCCCUGGAAAAAUGGCUCGUGGAGCGCGAAGCGGAGGCUUUGAAGCACAGCUACCCCCCCAUUCUCGACGGAUGUAUUUUCGUGCCGAAAAAGCCGAUGACCCCGCCAACCUGGACGGUGCACGAAGAUGCGUUUUCGGUCCGCUUCGCCGAGCGCAGCAGCGAGAUGCUGGAGUGCUACGCGGACCUGAUGGCCGAGUGCAAACGAAGACAGGCCGAGAAGCUGGCGGAGAAGCGGGAAAAACAAGCCAAGUACGAGGCGUUGAUGGACAAAUUAGAAACCAUGGCGGGCUGCACCUGUUCCGACGCUGCCCUUGCUGCCGCAGGGAAAAAGGCGGACAAGAAGGAUGAUAAGGACAAAGAAAACGACGAUCAUGAUCUCGGCGGCGGGGGGUUUUUCGGCCCUUCGCUCUUCGGCGGGGGGCCGAGAAUCCAGCGGUGCGAGCGCUGCCAGCUGGAGCAGCAGGCGGCCAAUCUGAAGGUGGAGGUUUACGCCAGGCUGUUGCCGACCUGCGGCACGGAGUACGAGCGGAACGAGCACAUGGCAAUCAUUUUCGAACUGCGCCAACCGGGCCUGCUUUCCUGCCAGCGGGACGCGCUGUACGAGUUCUGUCGCACGUUUUGCGGCGACCCCUCCGACAAAACUCGGAAAGACACGAUUGAGAUGGGGACGUUUUCGAACCCGAACGGCACCGUAUUACCGUGAAAAAUGCCCCCACCCCCAAAGUGGCAAUAAUUCGUGAUGCCAAGUCUCCAAAUGAAAACUUUUUGUCAUGCAUGAAAGGAAUAUGAAAAUUUUUGUGAUGCAGAGUCUAGGCGUAUAUAGCAUUGCUUGCAUGACAAGCGCGACUCUUGCUGGGAUCUGUUGCAAUACAGAUCUUCGCUAUUCAAGAUUGGAAAUCUGUGAUGCUGCUAGAUGCAAGAGCGAGUGUUUCUGUUGGAAAGGUUUGCAAUGCAAGUGCUCCCAAGUUCGGGGGCGGGGGCGUUUUUCAUUGUGAUACACCGAAAAUGACAAGCUCUACCAGUGGAAAGCGGACGAAGCGCUGAAAAAAUGGAACCGGUCUCGCGUCUGCAAGAUCAGGCUCGCGUCCAGCAAGCAAAAAGCGAUCUGCCGCGGGACGAAGAAGUACUGCGAGUCUUUAGCGAAGGGCUUGAAGAAGUGCGAGUGCAACCUGCUGCACGUCGCCCGACACCCGACCUUUAUUUCCAACCACGGGUUCAACACACUGGCGACGUUCGAGGGCGCGGAUGGGGAGCAGCGGCCGCGCCUGAAGUGCAGCGUGGACGAGUGGAACUGGGUGUUGCAGAGGCGCUUUUGGCUGCGGUGCUUGACGCAGAAGAAGUACUCGGUGAACGUCGUGAGUAACGCGGUCGUUGCGGGGUCGGCGGCAAAAAAGGACGAGGGUGGGAAAAACAAGGGGAAGAAGAAGGACGACAAAAGUGAUAGCAACCAGGGUGCGAACAAGGAAAAAAACCUUGCUGAGCAGUGGCUGAACGAGUGGACGCACGAUGAGAAUCAGGUCAUCGCACAGAAGAACGCGGCCGACGAGGCGAUCACCUUGAAUGAAUUCGAGGCGUUUGGGAAAAUGCGCGCCGGGGUGCGGUUGCAGAUGCUGCGCCUGGUGAAAGCGGUCGCGCAGAGGUCCUUGUCCUUCGAGAACCAGGACGUGGCGACGUUGAUUCAAUCCGUGCUGUGGCAAGCGGGGCCGGGGUACGAUUUGGAUCGGUCGAGCAUCAAGCAAAUCGAAAAAGCGUCG